AUGGCUACCUUUCGACGUUUCCACCCCGACGAUUUGGACAAAUUCUCUAAGUGCAAUCUCGACCCGUUGACUGAGACAUAUGACUUGAGUUUCUACCUUCAGUAUUUCGCCAAAUGGCCUUCAUUAUUUCAGGUUGCUGAAGAUCCUAACGGCAACAUCAUCGGUUAUAUCAUGGGCAAGUUGGAAAGCUCCCCAGAUUAUUUCCAGUAUUCAGAACACUACCUACCGUGGCAUGCUCACAUCACUGCUCUUACGGUAGCCCCUGAGGCUCGUCGGCUAGGCAUAGGGAAAAUCCUUACAGAAAACCUCGAGCUUGCCGCUGAGGUUGGCGAAGCCUGGUUUGUUGACUUAUUUGUGAGGAAAAGUAAUACUAGGGCAAUCAGCUUCUACGAGGGAAUGGGCUAUAGCGUAUAUCGCGUAGUCAAGGACUAUUAUGGCGAUAACGUUAACGACCCCACUGCCCAUGGCGAAGAUGCCUAUGACAUGCGCAAGCCCAUGUCCCGAGAUAAAACUCGGAAGCAUAUCCGGGAGGACGGAAGGGAGCACUCAGUACAGCCUGAAGAUGUCUUCUAA